AUGUCCGCUAACAGCAAACCGUCGCUGGCCAACACGAAAUUGCCGACAUUUGCUGUUCCUCCAGCUUCACCGCAAUCUCCUCGCAAGCUCCGCAAAUUUCAAUCGCAUCAGUCCUUAACUUCGACGGCAUUCUCGAGCUUCGGACAGCCUUUACCGACGACUACGACAGCGAUAGCAAGCAACGGGAAUGGCAAUCGGCAGCGCGAUGUCGCCGGCAAUGGCGCCACCACAGACAUUCAGUCAGACACGAAUGUACGGCCUCGCACCCGCGGAAGAUCGAAUAGUGAAUCAGGCUCGAGCAAUCCCACGCAAUUGACGACAGGCACGGUACGAACAAAGCGACCAGCCAGAAAGACGGAUUCGUCGGGGUAUUUCAUCAAGAGAUCAGGAUUGGAUGCGCUGUUACGCGACGGACCAGCGGAUGGGAGGUUGUUGGAAACGUUACAAGAGUUGAGGUUGAUGGUUUUGUCGAGUAGAGUCGAUGCGGAUUCAGAUGGCAUGUCUACAUAUCGAAUAUACCUCUGGUUAGCCCUCCUAGGCGUCCCUCCACUACCAACAGAUGAAUACCUCAACCUCGUCCACCGCGGCCGAUCGCCGGCAUACACCAAAAUUAGGAAUGACACCUUUCGCACACUGGCAACUGAUCCACUGUUUAAGCGACGAGUUACCGAAGCAAGUUUGAUACGAUUGCUGAAUGCAGUUGCUUGGAAAUUGCACGAUGCGCAACAACCGCCCAAACCGUCUUCGCGACCAUCGUCAAGAAGGAAAGAGUUACUAGAGCUCGCUAUAGACAGUCCGCCAACGAUCACGGAAGAACCAGAGGGUGACUCGGUACAACCGCUAGACAAUCCAACUACAAAACCGGCUAUUUACGUACAAGGCAUGAACGUCUUGUGUGCACCGUUUCUCUACGCAGCUCGUAGCGAAGUCGAGGCGUUCGCACUAUUUCAUUACUUUGUCACAAAGGAGUGUCCUGGGUACGUGCGGGGAGCCAUGGACGGAGUUCAUAAGGGUCUCCGCCUUGUUGAUCGGUGUUUGGAAAUUGUUGAUCCGAAACUCGCGGCUUAUCUGUUCUCCAAGGGAAUGUAUGCAGAAUUAUACGCAUUUCCAUCAGUUCUGACAUUAUGUGCCUGCACACCCCCGUUGCCGGAAGUGCUACAUUUAUGGGACUUUUUAUUCGCGUAUGGACCACAUUUGAAUGUUUUGUGCAUUGUUGCGCAGCUUAAUCGAAUGAGGGAUGCGAUUCUUCAGAGCGAGAGUCCUAAUAAACUCCUACGAUCAUUCCCACCCCUCGAGGCAGACAAAGUGAUUAGUCUGACGGUAUCGUUCGUUCGAAAGAUACCUGAUGACCUGUACGGGGAAUUGGUUGACCACGCAAAAUGA